GGGGGGGAAGGUUUCGAUGUGUUUUUGUUUUGAAGUCUUCAUCUCGGUCGGGCUCAGGUUUUAAACCCGCCCGCUUACCUCUCCCCCUUCGCGCAAGACCGAGGGCGCGGGGCUCGUCGGGAUCGACCGAUCGGUCGACGGAUCUCGCUCUCAGGAGAGAGAUUUUCAAGACGCCGAUCCAACCGCCGCGGACGGUGCAGGCGGCGGGGGACAGCUCCGGGCGAUGUCCAACGUCCGCCUAUCGAAUGGGAGCCCGACGCUGGAGAGGAUGGAAGCCCGGCAGGCAGACUACCCGAAGCCGUCGGCUUGCCGGAGCCUCUUCGGCCCGGUGGACCACGACAAGCUGGCCCGGGAGCUGGAGAAGCACAACCGGGAGCUGGAAGAGGCCGGCCGGAGCAAGUGGAACUUCGAUUUCCAGCGCUACCAGCCCCUGGAAGGCAGGUACGAGUGGCAAGCCGUGGCCAAGGAUGCCCUGCCCGACUUCUACAGCAGACCCCCCCGGCUGAGCCGAAGCCGAGCCAAGGCCGGCAGCCAGCGGCACCCGCCGCCGCCGCCGCCGCCGCCGCCGCCGCGCUUGGGGGGCUUGGAUGUCAACGGCAACUGCCCGGCGACGGUGCUUCGGCGCUCUCAGGGAAUCUCCGAAGAGGAGGAGGACGCCGCCGCGCGGGGGCCAGAGCAAGAGACUGGAGCAGCGGGCGCUGCCACAGAUUUAGUGGGCCACAGCUCCGGGCCAAGGAAACGACCUGCUUCGGACGAUUCCUCUCCUCGAAACAAAAGAGCCAACAUGACAGAAGAGGCUAUUUCAGAAGACUCUUCCAGUGCCUGCUCAGUGGAACAAACACCCAAGAAAUCCAGCCCAAGACAGCAUCAAACGUAAAUUGUUUAUUAGAAUUAAGAACAUUCAUUUCCUUGUUCUUUGAAGGCAUCAAGUUCAUGAAACAAGGAAGAUGCAGAGUUUAUAUAUGAAAAAAGAAAGAAAACAUAUCACUGAUUCUCCUCAGUGGAGAACUUGUACACGCACUGAAACAAAACAAACCCAUAAUUUAAUAACACUAAAGUCAGGCACUCUUAAAAGAGCUGCCUCUUAAAGCAUUGGAUGUAGCAUUCUGCAAUUAAGUUUCUCCUCAUUUGCUUCAAUGUACUACCUGUGUAUAUAGUUCCUACAUUAUGUAGCACAUAAACCUCUCCUUGCAACCCCCCCCCCCCAUUUUGGGGGUUAGUUUGUUCUGGGAAGGGGUGGGGGUGGUAAAAGGUGAUGGGUUCAAAAAUCUGCUUCCAAGAUCCAGAAAGCAGAGAUUUGUAUGAAGAGAAGCAGCAUAUGUGUUUAUUUCUUAGAGAUGUACUGUUCCUUUUAAUGGAAUCUAAAAAUCAAUGUUAACACUGGCUACAGCAGAUUGAUAGAAUUUGCUGGUGAAAUUUCUACUUAUUCAGAGCACAUUCCAGUGGGAAGUUUGCCUAUGCUAAAUCCCACUAAAAUGAAUGGCAGUUGUGGAAGACAUCAAGCUCACAGCAAGUGCAGAAGAAUGUUCCAUGGAAUUGUGCCCUAGACUUUAUGGAGGAACUAUGUUUCCAUUAUGUAGCAGCAUAAAGGGUCCUGCUCCUGCUCCAGGACACUUUAAGUGUUCAAUUCUAUUUCUUUUUAUUUCUGCCACCUAUAAUAUAUUACUAUAAAUGAAUUCAAAAGUAAUUUAGAAAUACAUCAUCUGAAUAGAAUGGAAGGAAAAUUAAUAAAACCCUGAACUUCAACCUCUCUUCAUCUCACUCACGUCCCAUGUUCAUGGCUGGGUAAAUGAAAGGAAAACUACAUCUUUAAACAGUAUUUUUUACAUUGCCUUUAUGUUUUAAAAAAUAAAGUUUUGAAUUGUACCUGUGUACAUAACUUUGUAAAGACACUGAGAAAUUAUACUAACUUAUUUAUGUUAAAGAUUUUUUUUUAAAAAAAAAUCUAGAAGAUAUUUUCCCAUAAAGCCAAAGCGGCCUGUGUCUUGUGCAUUUGUAAAUGCUCUAUUUGAUAGGGUUUUGGUUUUUUUUAGUUUUUAUUGGGGGGAUUUGUUUUGUUAAUUAAUAUGGCUGUGCUUAAAUGAUUGCAGACUGAGCCAAGUUUAAUAUUUUUUGUAAUGUGUGAAAACAGUUGCCAAUUGAUAUUGUUUUACAUCAAGCAAUCAAUAAAGAAAACUGCCAUAUAUAAAUAUAUAUAUAUGUUAACUAA